AUGAAUGCGCUCGUCCCCGCCGCUGGCCGUGUCCAGUGCGCAUCGACCGCCGGCUUCGCUCGCUUGGCACGCCAUCAAGCCCAUCGUCGCCGCCACGGAUGGAGAUGCUGCCUCGCCACCCUCGCGAGCAAGUCACCGGUAAAGAGGAGCGCCAGCCUUUCGAUUCCCUCCGAGGCCCGCUUCAACGAGAUUGGCGUCCAGCAGCUGAGCGAGCACGUCUUCCGCCAAGUCUUCCCCGACGGGGUCAAGCCUGCGCCCGAGGAGCUCGUCAAGCUGUCCAAGGACCACCUGCAAAGGCACCAUCUGCUGGGGAAGAACACGGACGACGCGGCCCCGAUCGCCUUCGACCUGCCCGACCUCCACGGCCGGACCCUCGACGAGCACUUUCACAAGCUCGGCAGUGACUGCGCCGAGCCGCACCUGACGUACGCGAGGCAAUUCGUCCGCGCGAGCGUGCCGCCGAAGCCCCGGAAGUGGGUGCGGCGAAGCGGAUGGACCAAGUACCACCCGGACGGCCGGACCGAGGCGGUCGACGCGCCGGACGAGACGAUGCUCUGCUUCGACACCGAAGCCAUGUGGAAGGAGAGUCCCUUCUCCGUCAUGGCCUGCGCGUCGAGCCCGACGGCUUGGUAUGCUUGGCUGUCCCCCUGGCUGCUGGGCGAGACGACCAACGACCGGCAGCUCAUCCCGCUCGGUGACGCCGCUCGGGAUCGAAUCAUCGUCGGCCACAACGUCGGCUACGACCGGGCCAGGGUGCUGGAGGAGUACGACCUCAAGCAGUCGAGGAAUGCCUUCAUCGACACCAUGUCCCUCCACGUCGCCGUCAACGGCAUGUGCUCGCAGCAACGACCGACGUGGAUGAGGCACAAGAAGAACCGCGAGCUCCGAGAGCGCGUCGCCCGCCAGACGCCCGACCACGAGCUCGCUGAACUCCUUGGCAAUCGGAGCAUGCAGGAGGAGGAGGAGCUGUGGGUCGAGAGGAGCUCCGUCAACUCGCUGCGGGACGUGGCCAAGUUUCACCUCAACGUGUCCAUGGACAAGGCCGUCCGCGACGAUUUCGCCGCGCUCGACCGCGCGUCGGUCCUGGCCAAGCUCGACACGCUGAUGGACUACUGCGCCGCCGACGUCUCCAUCACCCACCGCGUCUACCAGACCGUCUUCCCCAACUUUGUCGACGUCUGCCCGCACCCCGUCAGCUUCGCGGCCCUGCGGCACCUCGCAUCCGUCAUCCUGCCCGUCAACGAGUCUUGGGAUGCCUACGUCGCCAACGCCGAGGCCACCUACCACACGCUGUCCGACGCCGUCCAGGAGCGGCUGGUCGGCCUCGCCGACAAGGCGCUGGCGAUCAAGGAUGAGCCGGACAGGUGGCAGACCGACCCGUGGCUGAAGCAGCUCGACUGGUCGGGUCAAGAAAUCCGCAUGGUCAAGGGCAAGGGCAAGAACGCCCCGCCGAGGCCUGCCGCUCGGCAGAAGAAGCCGGGCAUGCCGCGGUGGUACAAGGAUCUGUUUGCGAAGAUCGACGCGCCCAUGGCCAUCAGCGUCCGGACGCGCAUCGCACCCUUGCUCCUCAGGAUGGCCUGGGACGGCAACCCGCUGGUCUGGUCCGACAAGUACGGCUGGGUGUUUGCCGUCCCGCGGGACGGCGCGACGAGGUACGCGGGCAAGCAGAUGGUCGAGUGCCUCUUUGACGAGAGCGACCCUGCUCUCCAAGCGGACGGGGGCCAUGCCUACUUUAAGCUGCCGCACAAGGAUGGGCCGGCGGCCCGGUGCGCGAAUCCGCUGGCCAAGGGGUACCUGGCCUACUUUGAGAACGGCACGCUCUCGUCCGAGUAUCCCUACGCCAAGGCCGCGCUGGAGAUGAACGCGUCCUGCUCGUACUGGAUCAGCGCCCGCGACCGCAUCAUGUCGCAGAUGGUCGUCUACGGCAAAGACCUGCCCUCGGCUCGUGGCGAGAAGCCAACGGGGCGGAAGGCGGCCGGCUCCGAGGGCUUCAUCCUGCCGCAAGUCAUCCCGAUGGGAACCAUCACCAGGAGAGCGGUGGAGAACACGUGGCUCACGGCGAGCAACGCGAAGCGGAACCGCGUCGGCUCGGAGCUCAAGGCCAUGGUCCAGGCGCCAAAAGGCUACUGCUUUGUCGGGGCCGACGUCGACUCGGAGGAGCUGUGGAUCGCCAGCCUCAUCGGCGACGCGACCUUUCAGCUCCACGGCGGCAAUGCCGUGGGCUUCAUGACGCUCGAGGGAACGAAGGCGGCCGGCACCGACCUCCACUCGCGGACGGCGGGAAUCCUGGGCAUCUCGAGAAACGACGCCAAGGUGUUCAACUACGGACGCAUCUACGGCGCAGGUCUCAAGUUUGCCGCCACCCUUCUGCGGCAGUUCAACCCGGCGCUGUCGGAGAGGGAAACGCUCGAGGUGGCGUCCAAGCUGUACGCCAGCACCAAGGGGGCCAAGACGAGCCGGAAGACGAUCCACAAGCGGCCGUUCUGGCGCGGCGGAACCGAGUCGUUUGUCUUCAACAAGCUCGAAGAGUUUGCCGAGCAGGAACGGCCGCGGACGCCGGUGCUGGGGGCCGGCAUCACGGAAGCGCUGAUGAGCCGCUUCAUCGGCAAGGGCGGCUACCUGACAUCCCGCAUCAACUGGGCCAUCCAGUCGUCAGGCGUCGAUUACCUGCACCUGCUGAUCGUGUCGAUGGACUACCUCAUCAGACGGUUCAACAUCAACGCGCGGCUGGCCAUCACCGUCCACGACGAGAUCCGCUACCUCGUCAAGGACGAGGACAGGUACCGGGCGGCCAUGGCCCUGCAGGUGGCCAACGUGUGGACCCGAGCCAUGUUCGCGCAGCAAGUGGGCAUCGACGAUCUGCCCCAGUCCUGCGCCUUCUUCUCGGCCGUCGACAUCGACCACGUGCUGCGCAAGGAAGUCGACAUGGACUGCGUGACGCCGAGCCAUCCGACGGCGAUACCCCCGGGCGAAAGCCUGGACAUGACGGCCCUGCUCGACAAGGGGGACGACGCCGUCCUCGACCCGCGCAUCGUGCCGGACCCAAGGCGCGCACCCAAGCUGGAGGGCAUCGAGUACACCCCGCGGGUGCCGGUCAUGCAGGCUCUGCGGGACGAGUCGGCCUGCCGCCUGGCCUUUAUCAGAGCCCAGGUCUCGAACGACGACGACGAGCUCAAGGACAUUGUCAGGGAGGCGAAGAAGGCCGAGGCGGCGGCGGCGGCGCCUCGGGAAAAGCCCGCGAGCAAGAAGUCGCCGCGAGGCACGCUGCCGUAUCGCGCGCAGCCGCAGCUGGUGCCGAUGGACGAGCCGCUGUCCGUGGCCGAAGCCAUGGGCGCCCACUACGGGUCCGGAUACCACGGGAAGAACAAGUGGUCCUGGCCGAGUUCGGCAAGAGGUUCACGGCCGGCAUCGAGGGUUUGA